AUGCACGAGAGAGUAAACAUCAUAGUUGCCACACAGGCAAACACGCCUCAACAGCUGACAAGACAUCGACGACACAUCGAUAGGAAGGAUCAGCAUACGAAAAGCGAGGAUUUCGAGGAGAGCAUACUCCAUCUUGCUCGCCACAUUCACCGAAUGGAUCCGGUCCAACAGGAAGACAUUAGGACGAAUAAAACUCGAAAAUCGAUACGUCGAUGGGCACGCAACAUUGAUCGUGAUCACUGGUCGAUCGAUAGGAGUCAGCCGAUUGGUGGCUGCUCUGACUGGCUGGCUGGUUGGCUGGCCGGCGGACGGCCGCUGAUUACUCAUUUUAGGCGCUGCGACAACGACGACGGCGGCGACGACGACGACGACGACGACAACGACGACGACGACGAGACGAGCGGCGGGACGGGACACGGGGGGGAGGGCACGGCGUCUUACCUGGCCGGCCACGGUCACUGA